AUGGCGAAUUAUGAAUUAAGUUUACUUGUUCCGAACAUAGAUUUUGAUGAUAUUCUUCACGAUAAUUUUUCGCAUGUAAGUCGCAUCAAACCUAUUAUUCAGGGUCCAAACGUUUUCUCGUCAACCAGUCUAGUCGAUGCAGUCAAAUUUGUUCUUGACAAUAUUAUAGGCGACGGAAGUUAUGCAACGUCAAGUGUGCCAAUAGUCAAUCAAGAAAAUCAUAUUAAAUUACAAAAAGCUUAUAUGUUAUUUAAUAAAGAUAAUACAAUUAAUGGGCCUUUAUUUGAAUUGCUCAAAAAUGAGCUGUUCUGA